AUGGCUGCUCAAGCACCGAGGAGCCUGCUCUCGCAGGUCCUCCGCAUCGCGGCAAGACCACAGCCCGCCGUCAGGAUACGCCCGUCCUGGCAGCCGUGCAGCCGUCGGUGCAUCCACGCCACGCCCCGACGGCUCACCGCCCGUCCGGACCAUGCUGGCGGCAAGCGCGCAAACAGGAACAAUGGGUCUUUCACCCUGCUCGCAGCUAGCGGCGGCCUUCUGGCCUCGCUCUUCGCCAUCCUCCCGCCAGACUCCAAGCCGACCAAGAAAAAGUCCGAGGCAGCCGCCGCGCCGCCCGAGGAAUCGGCCCAGGUGAGCAGCGUCAUCGAUAACAGAGACCCUUCGCUGCCGCGCUUCCGGCUCGCCGACGUCAAGAAGCACGACGCGUCGUCGCCCGAGCCCUGGGUCACCUCGGGCGACAAGGUGUACAACAUCACUGAGUGGAUCCCCGCCCACCCGGGCGGCGAGGUCAUCCUGCGCGCCGCCGGCUCCUCCAUCGACCCCUACUGGGACAUCUUCACCAUCCACAAGACGCAGUACGUCCGCGACAUCCUCGAGACCUACCUCGUUGGCUUCAUCGAUGUCGCCGACCUCGACGAGCACGGCCAGCCCCGCCGCGAGAGCAUCGAGGACCCCUUCGCCCAGGACCCGGCCCGCGACCCCCGCCUCCUCACCCUGACCCAGAAGCCCCGGAACGCCGAGCCGCCCGGCCAGGAGCUCGCCCGCGACUUCCUGACCCCUAACGAGCUCUUCUAUGUCCGUAACCACAUGUGGGUGCCCGUCGUAGACGAGGAAGAGAAGGCCGGCACGAGCGCGUUCGCCCUAACGAUCGAGCUGCCCGACGGAGAGACGAAGAAGUACUCGAUGCGCGACCUCCGUGAGCGCUUCCCCCACCACCGCGUCACGGCCGUCAUGCAGUGCUCCGGCAACCGCCGCAGCGACAUGACGCGCGCCGUCGGUGCGACCAACGGCCUGCAGUGGGGUGCCGGCGCCAUCAGUAACGCAGAGUGGGAAGGUGUGCGGCUAUCGGACGUGCUCGCUGACGCGGGUUUCAAGACGGCAGACCAGUACGCCGCCGCCUCGACCGCCGUCACGCCCAUUGAUAGCACCUCUCAGACCAGUAAUGAUGACCAAGUCCCCGACCCCAAGAAUAUGCACGUCCACCUUGCGGGCAUGGAGGCCUACUCGGCCUCGAUCCCGCUCUCCACAGCCAUCGACCCCAGGGGCGACGUGCUGCUGGCGUGGGGCAUGAACGGCAAGGUCCUGCCGCGCGACCACGGGUACCCGCUGCGGGCCGUCGUGCCGGGCCACGUCGCCGCUCGGUCGGUCAAGUGGCUGAACCGCAUCGCCGUGGCGGACGAGGAGUCGAGUUCGCAGUGGCAGAAGCGCGACUACAAGUGCUUCGGUCCCAACGAGGGGGCCAAGCCCAACUGGGACAAGUACCCGGCCAUGCAGGAGCUGCCCGUCACGAGCGCCGUGACCAGCGUGCGCGUCGGCCGCGACGCCGAGAAGGAAGCGUCGACGACGACGCUCGAGCUCGAGAAGCUCAAUGGCGAGCGCGCACCUCCCGGUGUCAAGUGCCCGCGCGCCUGGGCCAAGGAGCACGUCCAGCCGGAGGAGCUGGCGCACGCCCCGCCCGUGUCGCUGGCGGGCUACGCCUACUCUGGCGGCGGGCACCGCGUGGUGCGGGUGGACGUCAGCACCGACGGCGGGCGCACGUGGGACCAGGCGCGGCUGCUCGACUCUGGCGAGGGCGAAGGCGAGGGAGACGGCCAAGGCCAAAAGAUCUACGGCAACAAGGCCUGGUCCUGGCGCCGGUGGCAGUACGCUGGUCGGCUGCCUGCUAGUAAGGAGGGCGAGUGCGCGGAGGUGGUGGUCAAGGCGACGGACGACGCGUACAACGGGCAGCCCGAGACGCAGGCGAGCGUGUACAACGCCCGGGGCAACCUGGCCACCGCGUGGCACCGGGUCAAGGUGUGCCCGCGGUGCGUCGGGAGGGAGGAGUGGGUGACUGGGGAUGUGUUUGGGAGUGGGUUUAAGAAGGAGGAGCCGAGGAAGGACGAGGGGAAGAAGUGA